AUGGCGGACAACGCGGAGCUCGAGUCCUUUCGACGCCAGUGGCGUGAAGAAGUCUCGCGGAAAACCAAGCCCAACAACGCUCCCGGACCAUCGCGGUCGACGCCCGGCAGACCUACCGCUGCUCAACCCCGACACUUUCCGCCUACCCGUCAUGAAGCAUUUGCGCGCAAGGAAGAGGAUGAGGAAGGACCGGCAGCAUAUAGCCAGAAUGACAUAGCGCAACGACUUGAUCGACUAUCACUAGCGAAACCGGAAGAAGAAGACGCCUUCCAUCUACACUCGCGAAAGCCCCGAGCAGAGCCUACCUCAGCUCUGGAGCAUUUUGAACGAGCGGUCGAGAGAGAGGCAGAAGGCAACUUGGGGGACAGUCUACAACAUUACCGCAAGGCAUAUCGACUUGAUGCUGCUGUCGAUAAGGAGUAUCGGAACAAGCACUUCGCCGGCGCAUGGAAGAAAACACCACAGCCAGCUGUACCCAGCGAACCCACCAAAGUAGCUUCGACUGAGCAAGGACCAGUCGUGCCGACUCCGGAGCUUAUUGACUCUUUCGCCAGCGCUCCCAUCCUAUCCGCGGACCCGAUCUUCGAGGGCGACCCCCGUCCUCCAUGUCCCAUUGCGCACGUUCCGUCCGAAGUCAUAGUCGAGAUCCUCGGUCAUGUUGCAUUGGCAGAUCCAGCAGCUUUUGCCCGGAUGGCGUUGGUGUGCAAACGUUUCGCGUAUCAUUUCGCUCGUGAACAGCAUAUCUGGAAACGCCUGUGUCAAAGCGCUAAAUUCGGCUUUGAAUCAAUGCAUUAUUCUUUUGCAUGCGACAUCCACGGCAAUCCCGAAUACACGCUAGAGCCUCAGCGCCGAUAUACUCCAUUUCCUACUGAUAUCCCAGUUCAACUCCCAAGUCCACUGUCUUCAUGGAGCGAGGUUUUUCACACCUACCCACGCAUACGUUUUACCGGAAUCUAUAUUAGUACGGUAAAUUAUACACGGGCCGGUGCGGCAUCAGCAUAUUCGAAUAUCUCUUGGAACAGCCCGAUCCAUAUAGUGACAUAUUACCGCUACAUCCGUUUCUAUCCAGACGGGACUGUCAUAUACAUACUUUCGACCGUGGAGCCGGUUGAUGUGGUCCCCCAUAUUAACAAAGCGAACGUUACUGCGGCGCGGGCGACAACCCGCAAACAGAACCCACGAAACGCCGCCGACAUGGGAAGCGGAACUCAAGAACCUGUCCCUCCAAUCGCUAUGGAGGCGCUGAAGCGCGCUCAAUGGGGCCGUUGGCGUCUGUCCAAGCCAGUAUCACCCACGGAUCCUCCUGAGGAGGCUGAUAAUUCAUUUCCAAAUAAAGAUGGACCUACUGCCACACCGGACCCAAGGGACCUUGUGGUCGAGACUGAAGGCGUAGGAGCGAAAUAUGUUUAUGUCCUCCAUCUAGCUCUUCGCUCAAGUACUGCGCGACCCACCAAUGCUAACCCUUCACAUCCGAAUCCGUCGAGGAACACAAAAUUAGUUUGGAAGGGAUACUGGAGCUACGAUAAACUCACGGAUGACUGGGCUGAGUUCGGCCUCAAGAACGAUCGCGCAUUUGUCUUCCGCCGUGUUAGAGGCUGGGGCCUGAACUAA